AGAGCACGCUGCGAUCCUUCCUCACAUGGACUGCAUCUUUGCCAUCGACUGUGGGCCCUGCACUCAUCGACGACCAAGUAGUGGCAUUCUCGCAUAUCAAGUGGCAUUCCUCGUGGAGGUCUGCACAGUGUCACUGGGUGGCAGAUCCUUGUUGGAGAAUGAUGGCAGCGUAUUCGCUAAGGGGUGGCGUGAAGGUGGUGGCAGACUUGAUGGAGGGUGGCGGAGGCACCAUUGGUGGAGGUGUCGACUUUGAACAAUGGAGGCUUGGAAUCAACGUACACCUGCAGGCGCACAGGAGAACUCUCACAUAUCCCUGCCCUGUGAACUUUUAAAGUUUUUCAGUAAGGGUAGUUUUGUUAGAUUAGCUCUUUUUAGUCGUCCUAUUUGUGUCCAAUAAAACAUAGUAGUCCUGUUUUUGCAAUUCUACCUUCUUUUAGUCCUAUUUAGGGAAUUCUCUCUUUUAUAAAUAUUACUCUUUCAAAUGUGAUGAACGAAAAUAUACUUACUAACUAUUAG